ACCUUAAACGGUGUAAACAAAAUGCACCCCCGUUUUUUGAUAUGCUUUUUAAUAUUUCUAAAUUUAUCGCUUACGAAAAUUAUCAACAGCAAUUAGGUGAAAUAAACGAAAUCGAUGCAUACAUUAACGUAGAAUAUGAUAAAAUAUUACGUGCUGAACAAAAUAGGCGUAGAUCAUAUGAAAGACUUGAAACGUUGGGAGCAAAAAAUAUGUCUCAUAAUAUUACUCUUGAUAGUUUUAGAAAUAACGUUAUCGGUAAUAGAAUCAUUCAUUAUUCAAAUAAGCAAAUUAUUUGUGAAGAGAUUAAUAAUAGCGAUGACGACAAGAAUUGUGGUGAUGAAGACGACGAUGAUAAAGAAUU